AUUAUUCUUAACCGAUUUUGUUUGAGGCGGUGAUACAAGUUCCGACACAAUGAUGGUUUACAGAAUCUUAUCCAUUACUUGGGCUAAUAUUCCCGUGCAUUAUGCUCUGUGGAUGUUGAUGGUGUACUUGACUGAUGUAUGGAAGCUCAAACUCACAGACGCAGCUGCAAUUGUCAGCGUCUUCUUUGGUUUGCUGACAAUCCUACAGUCAGUCAUGCUGUUUUCUGCUCAUGGUUUAUUCGGCAACUAUCCAGUGCUAAUGGGUUCUAUAUUCGCCUAUUGUGUGGGCAUGGGUUUUUUAACAAUGUCAACACCACCAGUCCUUGCUAAGGCUACUGGAACAUGCAGUGCUUAUCAGCCUGAAUGCAUCGGUGAAGGCCAGCGUAUACUCUUCUACAUAGCAUUGGCUCUGUGUGCUCUGGGAACAGCUGGUCAAGCAGUAAGCUUACGCGCUUUCCUACUUGAGCAACUUGGACAAAAUGCUAACAGUCCGUCUAUCUGGUCUCUGCAACGUUAUGCAGUGAUUCUGUUCAAAGCUGCUGCUGUUUUGGGAUUUUCAUACAUAUCACCGUGGUCGCUUUGGUUUGGUGUCCCAGCAAUAUGUUACACAGUUGCAGCCUUUAUUUUCUUUAGUGGAUCUUGUACCUAUAAGUAUGUUAAACCAGAAGGUAGCCCGAUCACUACUUUAUUCCGGGUCUUUGCAGCGUCUAUCUCUAAGUUAUUCUAUCGACUGCCUACAGAUGUGUCACAGCUGUAUAACAUAUCUGACCCUGGCAUACAAUCACUGCCUCACACCAAUAGCCUGAGGUGUCUUGAUAAGGCUGCAAUAAUCUUGCCCGACCAGACUCUAGAGCAGCAACUGAGGAAUAGAUGGAGGCUUUGCAGCGUUGCUGAGGUUGAAGCUACUAAAUUUGUAAUUCGCAAGUUCCCACUGUGUAUGACCUACAUUCUUGGUGGGGUUUUGACUUCUCUGUCAUACACCUACUUUCUAGAGCAAGCAAAGACUAUGAACAAUAAGGUCGGGAACCUAAGAAUUCCUCUAGCUGUCUUCCUAUGGUUCCAAUUUGAAGCAAGAGAACAGUUUCAAAAAAUAUAUCACAUAUUUAUGAAUUGGCGAUGGGGUUCAGAAGCAAAACCAUCAGCUCCUAGAGUGGGGGUUGCAGUAUCCAUCAUUUUGGGGGUAUUAUGCACUAUUACUGCUGCAAAAGUGGAGUCAAGAAGACUCGCUAUGGUAAAGAUGUAUAGUUUAGCAGGCGAGACGGACGAAAAAAUUCCAAUGACUGUGUUCUGGCUGCUUCCACAGUAUCUUCUUCUUGGGGCAGCAGACGGGAUGUUUGGAAACAGCCUGGAGAAUUACUACAAUAUGUACUUUGAGCCCAUAUCUGCCUCGUAUAUGAUCACUGCCGUCAAUUUGAUGCACGGGUUAGGAUGUAUAAGCAACAUUUUGAUAGUGUACGUAGUGAGUAAGGUUAGUCAGAGGGGGAAUAAAGUAAGUUGGCUUCAGGAUACGCUGAAUAAGAGUCGAGUUGAUAAGUAUUACUGGACUCUGUCGUGGCUAUUAGCUAUUGCAUUUGUUUUGUUUGUUGUAAUUAGUCUGUGGCAUGCAUACAGGCGAUCAAAAGAAGAAGCACGAACAGUGCACGUUGAACGAAGUGUUGCCUACGUUGGGGGUGAACUAAUUUAUGAGACGACAAUUACAAUGGGAAACAGGCGCAGUAACAACAUCAUCGCCAUGCUUCCUUCUUUUGAUAUGUUCAUACAUUACUAGCUAUUGGGUCUCUUGCAUUACGCUACGUCACCUGCUGAAGCGCAUUCAUAUCUUGUGUACACAAAAAGGUGUGUGCACUUUCCUGUAAUUCAUAUGUCAUAACUUUCUUUAGCAAUGUCAUUUUGAAGUCUAUUUGAAAGUCA